AUGGACCACAAGAGCCGAAGCAAGGUCUGGAAACGCCGCGAGGUUGGCAUCCGAGUUCCAAACAACUCCAUCGUGUGGCAGCUCGUCGAGGACUUGGAGGCUCCUUUACUGGCCUCCUCUGCCCCAGAUUCUGCGGUGGAGAUCUGGACCGAGCAGAAGAACAAGCUGGAUUUCGUGGUGGGUGCUGAGGCAAUAGUUGAGAUGUGGGCCGGUAUGGAGAAGGAAGACCGUGUCUCUACAGUCGUCGACCUGACGAUGGAGGAGCCAGUCUUGCGUCGUCAGGGCCUUGGCGACGUCAGCAUGUUUGACGAUAUGGUGGACGCAGCCAUGUUUGAAUAG